AUGACAACACUGCCAAGUGAUUGUGCUUGUUCCAGGAAAGGUUUUAAAGCUCUCUUUACAAAGAAAGAGGACGAGAAACUUAUCAAACUUGUUAAAUUUUAUCCAAAGAGGAAAGAUAUUAAUUGGAAAUUCAUUUCACAACAGAUGGGCAACAGAACUGUUAGACAAUGCAAAGAAAGAUUCUUUAACUAUCUUGAUAAUAAGAUCAAUAGAUCAGAAUUCUCACCAGAGGAGAAUUUAUUCAUUCUACAGAAGGUUAAUGAAAUUGGCAAAAAAUGGACAAAAAUUAGUUCAUUAAUGAAGAAUAGAACUGAUGUAGCUGUAAAAUCCCAAUAUAAGAAAUUAAUGAGGAGAAACGCUACUCUUGAAAAUGUAAUGUCAAUUUCAACUGAACCAUAUUCGACUUGCAAGAGUCGCAAGUGUGUUGGUCUUGAUGAGGUGCAUACUGACUGCUUGGGCUUGAUUCCCAAACAAGAACGUUAUGAGCCAUAUGAAAAUAAAUCAGAUGAUAUCAAUGAUGUAGUUAAUACAUUAUUCGAAUCAAUCGAUUAUAGCGAAAUUAAUAUGGCCGACUUACCAAUCAUUUAA